AUGGCUACCAACAUAACGUGGCACCCUUCGUCCGUCACGCACCAGGAGCGCACCACCCUUCGUGGCCAGAAAGGUUUCACGUUGUGGUUCACUGGUCUCUCCGCCAGUGGUAAAUCUACUAUCGCCAUCGCUUUAGAGCAGCACCUCCUGCACCUGGGGCUGGCCGCCUACCGACUUGACGGGGACAAUGUACGAUUUGGAUUGAACAAGGACUUGGGUUUCAGCGAGACAGAUCGGGGAGAGAACAUUAGGAGAAUUGCUGAGGUCGCACUCCUUUUUUCAGAUUCCUGCACUGUCGCCCUAACCUCUUUUAUCUCACCAUAUCGGUCCGAUCGCGCUCUAGCCCGGACUCUGCAUGUCUCUCGAUCGAUCCCUUUCAUAGAAGUAUAUGUUCACGUUCCUCUCUCCGUGGCUGAGUCGCGAGAUCCGAAAGGACUAUAUGCAAAAGCAAGGAAAGGAGAGAUCAAAGAAUUUACAGGCGUGAGCGCACCGUAUGAAGAACCACAGGAUGCGGAAAUCGUGGUCAAGAGUGGGGAGACGGGAGUAGAAGAGGCAGUAGUGCAGAUAGUCAAGUAUCUAGAGGAGAAGGGGUUGCUAGCCAGAGGAGACAAGACCUAA